AAUGAUCCAUAAUUGAUAACGUCUGUGUGGUGUGUGUAUUGUGUGUGUUAAGCAAAACAUAAUGAUAUUACAUAAUUUCAUUGUACUGAGUUUGUUAACCUAUGUUAAAUGUAGCAGGCAUCAGUUAAUAGUUGGUGGCACUAGGGCUAAAAUAACAGAUUUCCCUCAUGCGAUGGCUUUGUACGUUAUAUGCAAUAACCGCUUAACAUACCGGCAAAGUAUGUAUGUUUGUGGAGCGUCUGUCCUUAGCGAGUGGAUAGCGUUGACUGCAGCGCACUGCAUCGCGGGCUGCAUCUUUACGGAAAGUGUCUAUUCAGUAACCGCUGGUACUGACACUCUACGAAGAGGACUCCAUUCUACUAUUAAGGCGUUGUAUUAUCAUAAAAAAUAUGAUGACGUGGGAAUGGCUAAUGACAUUGGAUUAUUGCGUCUUAGAACUAAAAUGCCUUUCAGUAGUGUCAUUAAACGAGUGGUCAUACUGCCGAAUCCACCUUACAGGGAGGAAGCGCAGGUGGUGGGCUGGGGAGCUAUACAAGAUGUACCAAAUAUUAUUAUAAUGACGAAGUAUCUUUUCUUCAUCGAUCAAUAUGUUGUCCGCAAUCACAUAUGCGACAUAUGUUUGGAAACUAUCAAAGAAGGAGCCUUUUGUGCGGAAAGCAAAACAAAGACCAAAUAUGCUGCAAGCGGUGACUCUGGCAGUGCCCUGGUACUGCGAGGGUACAUUCAAAUCGGGAUUGUCUCCUUCAAGAUGCUGCAUCUUAGCAAUAGCCUUGUAGUAUACACUAACACCAGUUCCUUCUCCAAAUGGAUCAAAAAACACGCUGAAAAGCUUCACUGCCUAUAAAUUUUAAGUAACGAGUUCAUCCGUGGUUCGUAUAGUGAUAAAAAUAAACUAACUUUAUAUCUAUCUCUGUGCCUAAGUUUACAUAGA